AUGGGAAAUUAUAAUCAAGGCACCACAGAGGUUAUCUUCUGGAAUGAAACAAUAAGUAAAGGAAAUUACUCAGUGAUCACUGAGUUCAUUUUUCUUGGACUGUCCAAUUCUCAAUAACUCCAGAUUUUCCUAUUUAUGUUCUUUUUUGUUUUCUAUGUAGGAAUUGUGUUUGGAAACCUUCUGAUUGUGGUAACUGUGGCUUCUAACUCCCACCUUCAUUCUCCUAUGUAUUUUUUCUUGGCCAACCUCUCAGUCACUGAUUUGUCUCUAUCUUCAGUCACAGCCCCCAAGAUGCUUAUUGACUUUUUCAGUAAACACAAAGUCAUCUCUUUCAGGGGGUGUUUUACGCAAAUAUUCCUACUUCACUUCUUCGGUGGGAGUGAGUUGGUGAUCCUCCUAGCCAUGGCCUUUGACAGAUGCGUAGCAAUUUGUAAACCUCUGCACUAUAGGACAAUUAUGUGCAACAGUAUAUGCGUUGGAAUUAUGGCUGCUGCAUGGGGAACUGGCCUCCUCCACUCAGUGAGCCAGUUGGCCUUUGCAGUGAACCUGCCAUUCUGUGGUCCCAACAAGGUUGAUAGUUUUUACUGUGACCUUCCUAGGGUAAUUCAACUCGCCUGUAAAGACACCUACAAACUAGACAUCAUGAUCAUUGCUAACAGUGGUGUGCUCACAGUGUGCUCUUUUGUCCUCCUACUCGUCUCUUACACUAUCAUUCUAAUGACCAUCCAACGCCGCCCGACAGACCAGUCAUCCAAGGCUCUGUCCACUUUGACUGCUCACAUCACGGUUGUUCUUCUGUUUUUUGGACCAGGUAUCUUCAUUUAUGCCUGUCCAUUCCCUAUCAGAUCAUUAGAUAAAUUCUUCGCUGUGUUUUGCUCUGUGGUUACUCCUCUCUUGAACCCAGUGAUAUACACACUGAGAAACAAAGACAUGAAGACCGCAAUGAGACAGCUGAGAAAAGUGAACGUGAAUUUUAGGGUAAAGGCUUAG